AUGGUGCAGAGUGCUGAUCAAUCUGCAACCAAACUGGAAGUUUCAACUCCUGAUGACAAACAAGGUGAAUAUCACUUUUUGACAGAGGAAAACAAGGAAGGCGGUGCUUGUGACAGCAACGACGCUGAAGUUUCUCUUCAAGCUCCACCCUCAGAAGUAAAUACUCCUUUUGAAUCCCAACUUGAGGACAAUACUGUGAGUGUAGAUGAGAAAGGUCACAGUGACUUUGACAGGAGAAACAAAAGAAAAAUGGGAUCCAGCCGUAGAAAUAAAGGAAGGCAGCAUGAGAAGGAAUUUACAAAUGAAGAUACAAUUGUUGAUGAAAUCCCUGAAACAACAAAAAUGUCAGCAACAGAAACGACAAGACCUGAAGAAUUAUUGCAAGAACAUGAGUGUGACAUUCCUCUGUCUGUGCCAUAUGACAGCGCCAUGUUUACAGUGUCUACACCUGCUUAUUCUACUGAGGUCCAGAACCCAAGUGCAGCAAGCUAUCCUGAGAUUAGCUUGGAGACUUUCACUCGAGAAAAUGAAAAUAUCCAAGAAGAUCAAAAUCAAACAGUCUUAAAUGUGCUUUCAGAUAAACCAGCUGAAGUUAAGAUGGAAGAAGUGGAAAGAGGUGAUACUCUUCAGGAUGAAAUUAAACAUACUCAUCAUUUAGAUGAUGCUGCGACAAAAGUGCAGGAAGAGGAGGUUAAGCCACCACAAAUGCAAGAAAUGCUGCAGAAAGAUUUCUCAUCUGAAAAUGUGAUUGAUGAUGCCACAGAAAACUCUUCAGUUAUUACUGGAGACUUAGCCCAAACUGAAAUCAGCAGUACUUACCAGUCUCAACUGAUGGUGCAGAGUGCUGAUCAAUCUGCAACCAAACUGGAAGUUUCAACUCCUGAUGACAAACAAGGUGAAUAUCACUUUUUGACUGUGGAAAAAGAGGAAGGCGGUGCUUGUGACAGCAACGACGCUGAAGUUUCUCUUCAAGCUCCACCCUCAGAAGUAAAUACUCCUUUUGAAUCCCAACUUGAGGACAAUACUGUGAGUGUAGAUGAGAAAGGUCACAGUGACUUUGACAGGAGAAACAAAAGAAAAAUGGGAUCCCGCCGUAGAAAUAAAGGAAGGCAGCAUGAGAAGGAAUUUACAAAUGAAGAUACAAUUGUUGAUGAAAUCACUGAAACAACAAAAAUGUCAGCAACAGAAACGACAAGACCUGAAGAAUUAUUGCAAGAACAUGAGUGUGACAUUCCUCUGUCUGUGCCAUAUGACAGUGCCAUGUUUACAGUGUCUACACCUGCUUAUUCUACUGAGGUCCAGAACCCAAGUGCAGCAAGCUAUCCUGAGAUUAGCUUGGAGACUUUCACUCGAGAAAAUGAAAAUAUCCAAGAAGAUCAAAGUCAAACAGUCUUAAAUGUGCUUUCAGAUAAACCAGCUGAAGUUGAGAUGGAAGAAGUGGAAAGAGAUGAUACUCUUCAGGAUGAAGUGAAAGAUGCUCAUUAUUCAGAGGAUGCCGUGACAAAAGUGCAGGAAAAGGAGGUUAAGCCACCACAAAUGCAAGAAAUGCUGCAGAAAGAUUUUUCAUCUGAAAAUGUGAUUGAUGAUGCCACAGAAAACUCUUCAGUUAUUACUGGAGACUUAGCCCAAACUGAAAUCAGCAGUACUUAUCAGUCUCAACUGAUGGUGCAGAGUGCUGAUCAAUCUGCAACCAAACUGGAAGUUUCAACUCCUGAUGACAAACAAGGUGAAUAUCACUUUUUGACAGAGGAAAACAAGGAAGGCGGUGCUUGUGACAGCAACGACGCUGAAGUUUCUCUUCAAGCUCCACCCUCAGAAGUAAAUACUCCUUUUGAAUCCCAACUUGAGGACAAUACUGUGAGUGUCAAUGAGAAAAGUCACAGUGACUUUGACAGGAGAAACAAAAGAAAAAUGGGAUCCAGCCGUAGAAAUAAAGGAAGGCAGCGUGAGAAGGAAUUUACAAAUGAAGAUACAAUUGUUGAUGAAAUCCCUGAAACAACAAAAAUGUCAGCAACAGAGACGACAAGACCUGAAGAAUUAUUGCAAGAACAUGAGUGUGACAUUCCUCUGUCUGUGCCAUAUGACAGUGCCAUGUUUACAGUGUCUACACCUGCUUAUUCUACUGAGGUCCAGAACCCAAGUGCAGCAAGCUAUCCUGAGAUUAGCUUGGAGACUUUCACUCGAGAAAAUGAAAAUAUCCAAGAAGAUCAAAAUCAAACAGUCUUAAAUGUGCUUUCAGAUAAACCAGCUGAGGUUGAGAUGGAAGAAGUGGAAAGAGAUGAUACUCUUCAGGAUGAAGUGAAAGAUGCUCAUUAUUCAGAGGAUGCCGUGACAAAAGUGCAGGAAGAGGAGGUUAAGCCACCACAAAUGCAAGAAAUGCUGCAGAAAGAUUUCUCAUCUGAAAAUGUGAUUGAUGAUGCCACAGAAAACUCUUCAGUUAUUUCUGGAGACUUAGCCCAAACUGAAAUCAGCAGCACUUACCAGUCUCAACUGAUGGUGCAGAGUGCUGAUCAAUCUGCAACCAAACUGGAAGUUUCAACUCCUGAUGACAAACAAGGUGAAUAUCACUUUUUGACAGAGGAAAACAAGGAAGGCGGUGCUUGUGACAGCAACGACGCUGAAGUUUCUCUUCAAGCUCCACCCUCAGAAGUAAAUACUCCUUUUGAAUCCCAACUUGAGGACAAUACUGUGAGUGUAGAUGAGAAAAGUCACAGUGACUUUGACAGGAGAAACAAAAGAAAAAUGGGAUCCAGCCGUAGAAAUAAAGGAAGGCAGUAUGAGAAGGAAUUUACAAACGAAGAUACAAUUGUUGAUAAAAUCCCUGAAACAACAAAAAUGUCAGCAACAGAAACGACAAGACCUGAAGAAUUAUUGCAAGAACAUGAGUGUGACAUUCCUCUGUCUGUGCCAUAUGACAGCACCAUGUUUACAGUGUCUACACCUGCUUAUUCUACUGAGGUCCAGAACCCAAGUGCAGCAAGCUAUCCUGAGAUUAGUUUGGAGACUUUCACUCGUGAAGGCGAAAAUCUCCAGGAGGAUCAACAUCAAACAGUCUUAAAUGUGAUUUCAGAUACAGAAGUGGUGAUUGGGCUGAAAGAAGUGGAAAAACAGGAGGACACCGAACUGUUAACACAGAAUGCAAAUUUACAAGGCAACAAUUUAUUAAGUAGGGCAACAGAAUGCAUGAUCACAACUGAGAUAACAACUGAAAAAAGCAGCCUUAGAGGAAGCAGUGAUGUUGAAGGCAGAGUUGUACAAGAAACAUUUUUAUUAUCAAAAUAUGUGUUGUCUACAAAUAGGGAACAACAUGAGCACUGCAACCCGGAUGAAGUCACCAGAGCUCAGCAGUCAGACAGUGCAUCAGUGCAUCAAACUGACUACAUCUCAAUUACAGAGAGAGAGUAUUCUCACCAAACACCCCUAUCUGAAACAAAUACCUCUUUGGACUUCCAAACUCAGGAUAAUUCUCAGAGCAUCACAGAAGAUCACACAGGCCUCAGCCGUGCAGGGAACAGAAAGAAACUGGGGUCAAGUCGAAGAAAUAAAGGAAGACAGUGUGUUAAUGACACUGAUGCUUAUCAGGAACUUAAAAAUGAAGUUGUAGAAAAUCCCACAAGUGAUGAAGCCCUCACAACAGUUAAAAUGUCACCAUCAACAGCAAAGGAGGAACAAGCAGACGACCUCAUAUCCACUGAGAAAGCAAUGCAGAUUAGCUCAGCUGCAAAUGAAGAUGAAAAUACAAAAAAGCUGUCGGAGGAAGAUUCAUUUUUCUUACAAAAUGAUAUGGGCAGCAGUACAAUUGUGACAUCAGACAGUAAUUCAUGCUCAAACAACGAUGGUUUUCUGAACUCUAACCAGGAUGUCAAUGAGGAAAAUAAACUUGUUGAAGAGACUGAGGAUUUGGAUCAGCUUACAGGAUGUGACACAGUUACAAAGCACCUGAUGCAAUCGCCACAAGCCUCAGUUUGUAACGUUGCCUCAGACAUGCAACACAUCUCAUAUCAUGAUGGCAUUAUAAGCUCUUGCUCUGUGGAUAUGCUUGAUAAAGAAGAAGCGCUUCAAAUCCAAAACGCCACAACUCUAUCUUCAGACAAAGACCUACUGGGACAACAAAUCGAAGACAUGAGUACUUCAAACAAAGUUGUGUCUACUGCAAAAGAACCAGCUUUGCAUGCAUCAGAUGGAAUGACAAUUUGCACAGCAAUGCAUGCAAGCAACAACCAGCUAGAACAAACUCAAUCGGGUAACAGAAGUAAUCUGCAAAUAAAUCCAAAACAGAAGAGGAGAAAGAUGGGUUCUACUCGCAGGACUCAACUCAACAGGAAAAAUGAAGAGGAAACAGACAACACAGAUGAAACCAAGGAAAGUGAGUUUAAUGCUGAAAUUGAUAUGAGGAAUCUUGACAAGAUGGAUGCGGGAGAGUUACUGUUAACUAUAGACGUAUCAGAAAAUGAAACUGCACAACCGUUAUUCUCUGCUGUUCAUAAACAACAGGAAACUGAUGAAGCCACUUCUGUACCAAGCAGUACAGAGAGCAAUGUGACACCAGUAAAAGAUUUUAAGGCCCCUCUUCCUAAACAAUCUACUUCCCUCAGUGAGGAAACUAUCAGUCCGGUUACAUGUGCUAAGGUAGGUGAUGUAAGGGAAGUUAUUGUGGAGCUACCACAACUAGAUGAUUGCACAAGCUCUGAGAUGCAAAUAACCACUGUGGUCGUGGGUAGAAGCAGACGCUUCAUAAAUCAGUUGCUGCCCCCAAAUACCGAUCCUGCAUCAGACACUGGCAUAACGGAAGGGAGUUUAGAAUCUUCCACUGAGGCCAGGCAGACUACACAAAGUGACACAGAAAGGCCAGGGAGCAUAAAGGUAAUACAAGAUCAAGACACUAAUGAGAAAAAGUCAAAUGACUUUAAUGACGAAGCUCUUGAUAAAAACCCAGAGAUGAAGAAUUCAAGUCCAAAUCUAAAUUCGACCAACAGGAGAAGAAAGAUGGGCUCCAGUCGCAAGAAUCUUAAAUCCAGAAACAAAGAAGACCUGCAUCAACAGCAGGAGGUGGAUAAUGAGGCAAAAGAGAUGGGAACAAAUGUUGCACAUACUGAGAGUUUCCCUGGAAUCACAGUAGAGCUUCAGCUUCACAUAGAACCCAAAGGCAGUGACUGUGAACAAGCAAAAGAGAAAGUAUUUGAAACAGUGGAAAUCAGCCCUCCAGGUCAGUCUCAAGUUAAAUCUCUGGCUGAGCAAACAGCUGAAGAAAGGCCUGAUUCUCAAGGCCAACUAGUAGAAACAGAACAUAGGCUGACUGCAAAUUACCUCCUAUCUACCUCCCCCAACAAUGAUGUGGUGUCAGAAUCAGCAUCUGGAGGGAGGAAAAGAAAAAUGGGAUCUAGCCGAAAGACCCGUGGACAUCAACGUACAGAAGACCAAACAGCAGAGGGUGCAAUAAUAGAUGAUCAAAAUGGGAGGGAUGCCAAAAUUUCAGAGGCUGAAGAAAGUGACAAUAAACCAUCAUCGGGCAUCUCAAAGAGUGGAGAGCACACAAAGGCUGUGAGUGAGAAGACUUCAGCCAAACCUUGUAAUGCUGAAACCUUCCUGGGUCAAGAGAGUCAAACCCUUUCUUUGGUUGGUAAUCCCGGAGGGACAGACCUCAAAUCAAAGCGUUACGAUGUGGUGAUGAUCGGAGACAGCAGCGUGGGAAAGACCUCCUUCAUGAAAAGAGCUCAGAGUGGGAAGUUUUCUUUAGAUUUGCCUGCCUCAAUCGGCCUGGAUUCGCUGAUUUGGCCCGUUGUAGUAGAUGGAAAACCUCUGGUACUACAGCUAUGGGACACAGCAGGCCAAGAAAGGUUUCACAGUAUCACCAAACAGGUCUUCCACAAAGCCCAGGCCUUUCUUUUGAUGUAUGACAUCACUUCCACUAAAAGUUUUUCUGCAGUCAGCUACUGGGCAAACUGUAUUCAGGAGUCUGCUGCUGAAAAUGUCAUCGUUUUACUUCUUGGAAACAAGAACGACUGUUCACAGCGACAAGUUAAAACUCAUCAGGGGGAAAUUCUUGCUAAGGAAUAUGACUUUGAGUUUAUGGAGUGCAGUGCUGCCACAGGUGAAAAUGUGAUCCAGUCUUUGGAAAUUGUAGCCAGGAAGCUGAGUCAAAGAAUUGACACAAGAGAAGAAGCCACAGUGUUGCACAAAGAGCCAGAACAGAAAAAAAGCUCAAGAUGUUGCUGAACAAAAAAAAAAAAAAGGCAAGUGGUGUGAUCCUGCAAACGGGAGCACACUAUACUGGUCUGGCUUUCUUGUAACCCAAUACCUUCUAUUAUUUAACUUGUAUUUACAUGACUGUGUAUACUAUCUCAUUACCUUUAGCUUUUAAAUUAUUUCUUCCAAACCCUUUCAUGUGGAAUAUUAGUUUAGAGGGAAAGAGUUAAUAGUGACUGAAGUUCUAUACUUGCAGGAGAAGGCUUCCUCAGUAUUUACUUACUUAAUAACUACUCAGUAAUUUAAUGCAUAUACAAGCUAUCAUUUUGCACAGUGUGUUUUAUUAGUGUGUAACAUUAGUUUUUCUUCUGCAAUAUGAAAUUUUUGUGCAAUUUCGAAUAAUUUCAAAUCAAGUCUUUUUGCAGAUUGAAAUUAUUCCAUAUGACGCUGUAGUAUCUAAUCUCAAGCCGAAUUUCACAAAGUCAAUCUCUGUUGCUGUACAUCUAUUGAAUGUGUGCGCUACACUGUAUUCACUUUAUGGACUUGCACUAAAAUUAAAUGUAAAUGUGUAUAUAGUGUGUUUAAUCUUAACAGGCAAAUUGCCUCUCAGAGCUUACAGAUAUUUCUAAAGAUCAAGAGAACGUGUGAACAAGAGCAAAUCUUUGUAUUUGUACCCAUUUAGAAAAGUGUUGAAUAAUUACAUUUCAUGAAAUCAUUAUAUAAUUAUAUUAGUUGUAUCGUGAGUUUGUUUACCCUCUCUUUUAAAUUAAUAGUGUUGGAAUUCAUCUUCAUUUCAGUUAUUGUGUGUCUAGUCUGACAUAACUAUAAAUCAAUGUAAUUCCUCUAUAAUUAAACACAGCAUCAAUGACACAAUCAGCGGUUCCAAACAUGAAUGUAUUCUUUAUUCUUGUGCGUUUCCUUUGUGACCGAGUACCUUUAAUCAAAUUGUUUUAACAGCGUGCCUCAUGAUUAAUAAAUCU